UCUCUAACAAUGAGCGACUCUGAUAGUGAAUUCUCUAUCGAAGAUUCACCCAAGAAGAAAACCGCACCAAAGAAGGAGAAGGCGUCACCGAAGAAAAAGAAAGAUGAUGCCAACGAGUCGAUGGUUAUGACUGAAGAGGACCGCAAUGUGUUCACGUCGAUCGACAAAAAAGGUGGUGGCUCGAAACAAAUGGCGAUCGAGGAUAUCUACCAAAAGAAGUCCCAACUCGAGCACAUUCUUCUUCGCCCGGACACCUACAUCGGUUCGGUCGAGCAUACCGAGAAGACGCCGAUGUGGGUCUACAACAUGGAGGAGAGCAAGCUGGAGCAGCGUGACAUCUCAUACGUGCCGGGACUCUACAAGAUUUAUGAUGAAAUUCUUGUGAAUGCCGCUGACAACAAACAGAGAGAUCCGAAGAUGAACACAAUCAAGAUCACCAUCAAUAAGGAGAAAAAUGAGAUCUCUGUCUACAACAAUGGCAAAGGAAUCCCAGUCACUCAGCACAAAGUGGAGAAAGUCUACGUCCCAGAGCUGAUUUUUGGAACUCUUCUAACAUCUUCUAACUACAAUGACGAUGAGAAGAAAGUGACGGGAGGACGCAACGGAUAUGGAGCAAAGCUUUGCAACAUCUUCUCCACAAAAUUCACUCUGGAGACGUCUUCACGGGAUUACAAAAGUGCAUUCAAGCAAACGUGGAUCAAAAACAUGACGCGUGAUGAGGAGCCGAAGAUUGUUAAGAGCACCGACGAAGACUUCACGAAGAUCACAUUCUCGCCGGAUCUGGCAAAGUUCAAGAUGAAGGAGCUGGACGAUGACAUCUGCCAUUUGAUGGCUCGGCGUGCGUAUGAUGUGGCUGGAUCCAGUAAAGGAGUCGCCGUGUUCCUCAAUGGAAAACGAAUUCCAAUCAAAGGAUUCGAGGACUACGUCCAAAUGUACACUUCGCAGUUCAACAAUGAAGGAGAACCCCUCAAGAUCGCAUACGAGCAAGUUGGAGAUCGUUGGCAAGUCGCCUUGGCUCUUUCGGAAAAAGGCUUCCAACAAGUGUCAUUUGUCAACAGUAUUGCUACCACAAAAGGAGGACGGCACGUGGACUACGUGGCUGAUCAGAUGGUCGCCAAGUUCAUCGACUCGAUCAAGCGGAAGCUCACAAAGACGUCGAUGAAUAUCAAGCCAUUCCAGAUCAAAAAUCACAUGUGGGUUUUUGUGAAUUGCUUGAUCGAAAAUCCGACAUUCGACUCCCAGACGAAAGAGACUAUGACCCUGCAGCAGAAGCAGUUCGGAUCGACCUGCGUCCUCAGCGAGAAGUUCUCCAAAGCGGCUUCAAGUGUUGGAAUCACCGAUGCUGUUAUGAGUUGGGUUCGCUUCAAACAAAUGGACGACCUCAACAAAAAGUGCUCCAAGACGAAGACUUCCAAGCUGAAGGGCAUUCCAAAGCUUGAAGAUGCCAACGACGCUGGAACCAAAAAUUCCCAACAAUGCACAUUAAUUCUGACGGAGGGAGACUCGGCCAAAACGCUUGCUGUUUCGGGACUUUCAGUCGUUGGACGCGACAAAUAUGGAGUAUUCCCACUUCGAGGAAAAUUGCUAAAUGUCCGAGAAGGAAAUAUGAAACAAAUCGCCGAUAAUGCUGAGGUCAAUGCCAUGAUCAAAAUUCUGGGACUCCAAUACAAGAAGAAGUACGAGACAGAAGAUGACUUCAAGACUCUUCGAUACGGUAAACUGAUGGUCAUGGCUGAUCAGGAUCAAGACGGUUCACACAUCAAAGGACUCGUGAUCAAUUUCAUCCAUCACUUCUGGCCUUCUCUCAUUCAGCGGAACUUCGUAGAAGAAUUCAUCACUCCAAUUGUCAAAGCCACCAAAGGAAAAGAAGAAGUUUCCUUCUAUUCGCUCCCAGAAUAUUCUGAGUGGAGAAUGAAUACGGAUAACUGGAAGUCGUACAAGAUCAAGUACUACAAGGGAUUGGGUACAUCGACUUCUAAGGAAGCUAAGGAAUACUUCUUGGACAUGGUUCGUCAUCGUAUCCGCUUCAAGUACAAUGGAGCUGAUGAUGAUAACGCUGUCGACAUGGCUUUCUCGAAGAAGAAGAUUGAAGAGAGAAAAGACUGGCUCUCGAAGUGGAUGCGGGAGAAGAAGGACCGAAAGCAGCAGGGACUUGCUGAAGAAUAUCUCUACAACAAGGACACUCGAUUCGUCACCUUCAAAGAUUUCGUCAAUCGUGAAUUGGUCCUCUUCUCGAAUCUCGACAACGAGCGUUCAAUUCCAUGCCUUGUGGAUGGUUUCAAGCCAGGACAGCGGAAGGUUCUCUUCGCGUGCUUCAAGAGAGCAGACAAGCGUGAAGUCAAAGUAGCUCAAUUGGCUGGAGCUGUCGCUGAAAUUUCUGCUUACCAUCACGGAGAACAGUCGCUUAUGGGAACAAUUGUGAAUCUCGCUCAAGAUUACGUUGGCUCCAACAACAUCAACCUGCUUCUUCCAAUCGGACAGUUUGGUACUCGUCUCCAAGGUGGAAAGGACAGUGCUUCAGCUCGUUACAUCUUCACUCAACUGUCGCCAGUCACUCGUACACUCUUCCCGGCUCACGAUGACAAUGUCCUUCGUUUCCUUUAUGAAGAAAAUCAGCGUAUUGAGCCAGAAUGGUAUUGCCCGAUUAUUCCAAUGGUACUCGUCAAUGGAGCUCAAGGCAUCGGUACUGGAUGGUCCACGAACAUUCCUAAUUACAAUCCACGUGAACUGGUCAAGAACAUCAAGCGUCUUAUCGCCGGCGAGCCACAGAAAGCCUUAGCUCCAUGGUACAAGAACUUCCGCGGAAAGAUCAUUCAAAUCGACCCGAGUCGAUUUGCAUGCUAUGGUGAAGUUGCUGUGCUGGAUGACAACACCAUUGAGAUCACCGAGUUGCCAAUCAAACAGUGGACUCAAGACUACAAAGAGAAGGUUUUGGAAGGAUUGAUGGAGAGCUCGGACAAGAAAUCGCCUGUUAUCGUCGACUACAAAGAGUAUCACACAGAUACAACUGUCAAGUUCGUCGUGAAGCUCUCGCCGGGAAAACUUCGUGAAUUGGAGCGCGGUCAGGAUCUUCAUCAAGUCUUCAAGCUCCAAGCUGUCAUCAACACUACGUGCAUGGUACUUUUCGAUGCUGCCGGAUGUCUUCGUACAUACACUUCGCCAGAAGCGAUUACUCAAGAGUUCUACGAUAGUCGCCAAGAGAAGUACGUACAGAGAAAGGAGUACCUUCUCGGAGUUCUUCAGGCUCAGAGCAAGCGUCUCACUAACCAGGCUCGUUUCAUCCUCGCCAAGAUCAACAACGAGAUUGUUCUCGAGAACAAGAAGAAGGCGGCGAUUGUCGAUGUUUUGAUCAAGAUGAAGUUCGAUGCUGAUCCAGUGAAGAAGUGGAAGGAGGAGCAAAAACUCAAAGAGCUUCGUGAAUCUGGAGAGAUCGAGCUGGACGAAGAUGAUCUAGCUGCUGUCGCCGUCGAAGAGGACGAAGCCAUUUCCUCUGCUGCGAAGGCCGUUGAAACCAAGCUAUCAGACUACGAUUACCUUGUCGGAAUGGCUCUCAUCAAGCUUUCGGAAGAAGAGAAGAAUAAGCUCAUCAAGGAAUCGGAGGAGAAGAUGGCUGAGGUUCGAGUUAUCGAGAAGAAGACCUGGCAAGAUCUUUGGCAUGAGGAUCUGGACAACUUCGUGUCUGAGUUGGACAAACAGGAGGCUCGCGAGAAAGCUGAUCAAGAUGCCAGCAUCAAAAAUGCCGCCAAAAAGCUUGCUGCCGACGCAAAGACCGGACGUGGACCCAAGAAGAAUGUGUGCACGGAAGUCCUUCCAUCCAAAGAUGGACAGCGCAUUGAGCCGAUGUUGGAUGCUGCAACCAAGGCCAAAUAUGAGAAGAUGUCUCAGCCAAAGAAGGAACGCGUCAAGAAAGAGCCAAAGGAGCCGAAAGAACCAAAGAAGGUGAAAAAGGAAGGCCAGGACAUUAAAAAGUUCAUGUCUCCAGCUGCUCCGAAGACUGCGAAGAAGGAGAAAAGCGACGGCUUCAACUCUGACAUGUCAGAGGAAAGUGACGUGGAGUUCGAUGAAGGAAUCGAUUUCGAUUCGGACGAUGACGGUGUGGAGCGUGAGGAUGUCGUCUCAAAGCCAAAACCUCGUACUGGAAAAGGAGCUGCGAAAGCGGAAGUUAUCGAUUUGUCAGAUGAUGAUGAAGUUCCUGCAAAGAAGCCUGCUCCAGCGAAGAAAGCUGCUCCGAAGAAGAAAAAGAGCGAGUUCAGCGAUCUGUCUGGCGGCGACAGUGAUGAAGAAGCUGAGAAGAAGCCGUCCACCAGCAAAAAGCCGUCUCCAAAGAAGGCUGCUCCGAAGACGGCCGAGCCCAAGUCGAAGGCGGUGACCGAUUUCUUUGGUGCUUCAAAGAAGAACGGAAAGAAGGCCGCUGGUUCCGAUGAUGAAGACGACGAAAGCUUCGUUGUGGCUCCAAGAGAGAAGAGCGGAAGAGCUCGCAAGGCGCCACCAACUUACGACGUGGAUUCAGGAUCCGAUUCGGAUCAGCCAAAGAAGAAGAGGGGACGCGUCGUCGACUCCGACUCGGAUUAAAUUAAUUUGUUUCCCACCUUCCUUAAGUGUUUCUAAUUUAUUUUCUUUCCAAUCAUUUUAAAAUCGUUUUAACGAUCUCAACCAUCCCCAUCCUCCCCCAAAUCAUCCCGUAUAUUAAGUUUGUAUUUUUACAUGAGGGAAACUGCUGUAAUAUAAUUAUCGCCCUUAUGCCUAAAUUAUUUACCCCUACCUAAUUUCACUGUUUUUAAAAGUUAUUUUUCUAUUUAUGUGAGUCUCAAGAAUUAUUGAGAAGAGUCUUCUUGCAAUGAAAAUGCCUAUAUUUCC